CUGAGAUAUAUUCAAACACAUCAGGUGAAACAUAGUUAACCAGGAUAUCGAGCUUAUUAACAGUUUGUGCGGUCGUAUCGAUUGAUGAGAUAAAUCCAUUGAAAGUUCGCUUCUAAUGAGUCCAUGCUUUAUCUGCACCCGAUGUAUUAGGAACAGAAUCAAAGCGUUCUGGAAAUAAAAAAUCUAUCCAUGUGGAAUUCAGCAAUUAAGUUUCGAAGAUUGUAGUAUUUUAGAGCAUCUAAUUUAGUAGUAUUUUAGAGCAUCUAAUUUAGUAGUAUUUUAGAGCAUCUUAUACAGAUAACCUAAUUAAGGCUCUUCGAAACUUAAGCAACGUUAAUACUACUCGCAUUUCAAACAACAACUUGUGACUUUAAAUCAAUACUUUAAUUACUACAUUAAAUCACUACCUCAAUUACUACUUAAUUACUACGUCAAUACUUUAAAUCAAAUCAACAGCGUGCACACUUUCUUAAGAUGUGCGCUUUACCGUGAAUACUGCUAUUGCUCUUAUUAUAACACAAUUGUACAACAUUGUUCUAUUGAAAUUAAAACACAAUAUAAUACAACACCAUUGACAGCAGACAUUGUAAGAGAUCAUUGGGAGGAACUCAGUGACUGGGAAGGUGGGAAUCCACGAACAAGUUCACAAGGAUCUAUCAUGGAUAUUAUGGAAAGCCUAAAAAAUGUGUCACUGCCUGGUGAAAGUACUAUAGGAAACAAGAAAGAGCUCCUUGAUCCAGCAAAGAUCAUUGGUAUCUCCUUUGCAGAAGGGAAGUUUACUUAUACACCUAAAGAUGCAAUACUGUAUGCGCUUGGUGUUGGUACAAAAAUAAAUGAAAACUCACUUAAGUUCUUGUUUGAGGGCCAUAAAGAUUUUAGCGUUCUUCCAACAUAUGGCAUAAAUUUUGCCCAGGAAGCAAUUUUCGAUAAACUGCAAAACUUUCCUGGAGCUGAGCUCAUUAAUCCAACUCAGAUUCUUCAUGGUGAACAAUAUGUUGAAGUCCUUUCACCAUUGCCAACAUCAGGAACUAUGACAACCAAUGGAAAAAUUGUUGAUUUACUUGACAAAGGAAAAGGGGCUUUAAUGAUAGUUGAUGCUGAAACAAAAGACGAGAAUGGCAAGAUCAUAUGCAGAAAUCAGUUUUCAGUUUAUUUCAAUCGGGCUGGUGGCUUUGGUGGAAAAAGAAAAACUAAUGUUGCUGUACCAUUGGGAGUACCACCAACCCGGGCACCAGAUAAAACUGUGGAGGAGAUGACAAGCCAUGACCAAGCUGCACUCUACAGGCUGAAUGAUGACAAGAACCCACUGCAUAUUGAUAAUAACUUUGCCAAUGUUGCAGGUUUCAAGCAACCUAUCCUUCAUGGUCUUUGUUCAUAUGGUUUUGCACUUAGGCAUGUGUUACAAGAAUAUGCCAACAACGAUGCCAGUCUGUUCAAAUGUAUGAAAGCCAGAUUCAACCGACCAGUAAUUCCUGGGCAGUCACUGGUAACUGAAAUGUGGAAGGACAAGAAUAGAAUUCAUUUUGUUGUCAAAGUUAAAGAAACUGGAAAAGAAGCUUUAACUGGAGGCUUUGUUGACCUUAAAGGGGAAGAGGGUCACAGUCCAAGCAAUGAACCACAGAGUCAACUUGCAAGUAAAGUAAUUUUUGAGGAGAUAGCCAAGAAGGUGAAGGACUUACCUCAGGUUGCAAAAAAAAUAAAUGGAAUAUUUGUCUGGAAGAUAACCAAGGAUGGCAAAGAAGCAGGGCAAUGGGUCAUGGACUUCAAGUCAGCUGAGCCAUGUGUCUACGAAGGAUCCUUCGAUGGAAAAUCUGAUGUCCAGCUAACAACGUCUGAUGAAGACUUCUCUGCCAUGGCAUCAGGGCAGUUGAAUCCGCAACAGGCAUUCUUUAAUGGGAAAUUGAAAAUUAAAGGGAAUGUAAUGCUGACACAGAAACUUGGCCAAAUAAUCAACCAACAAGCAAAACUGUGAAUUUUUACCUGUAAUUUUUACUCGAUUAAGAAGUACAUGAAAAAAGGCUAUGAUAGCAGACCACGUGAUAAAAUGCAAAUUGAAAGUAAAAAAUGCUAUGAAAACAAGACAAUUCUUUAAAUGUCUCUAGACCAGCAAUUUCAAUGUCGAUGUAACUGCCUUCAAAUCUAUUUGGGAAAAAGCUUUGACAAGUAAAUUUAUUUAGAUGGAUUACAAAACUAUUUCAAAUCCCAUCUGCAAAUAGAGAAGAAUUUUUAUUGGGUCUUUGAUGAAUAAAUGUUAUCACAGCAAACACUAUUUUGUUAUUUAUUUUGGUCAACGGUGAAGAUAACUAAUGUAAGUGCUUCAAAACCUGCAACAUUUGAAAAUCUAUGUACAAUGCCUGCCAAAAGUCUUGGAACACCGACAUCAAUUUCCAAGGUCAAAAUCCAUCAUCCCCCUCUCCUCUACUGAACAAUGUUGGUUUACUAUCAAACGGGUUAGGAUUUUAGGAAGCACUUUCUUUUGCGCUUCUAAAUCAUCAACAUUGUUUUAGGGGGAAGGGGGCGGAAGAAGUAAU